AUGGCGCGAGUCUCCUGCCGCGACGUCUCCCCGCAGCUCUCCUCUCUCCCCCACCGCGGCACCGCCGCCAACACCAGCCACGCAAAAAUCUCCUUCCGACGAGCUCAAUCCCUGUGCGCGCCACUUGCCACUAUCAAAAGAUCACAGCUCCCGUCGGCGGCCACGAGAGACGACGCGGCGGUCGCGUCCCUCGUGGGCCAGCUCGAGCCCAACGUCGACCAAGACGAGGAAGAGGAGGACCUGUACCUACCCGACGACGCACCAUCGCUCCGUCGCCGCGGAGCGCGGAGGCACGAUGACGAGCUUGCCUCGCGGUGGCGCGAGAUCCACGGGUGCGACGACUGGGCGGGGCUCCUGGACCCGAUGGACCCGCUGCUCCGGUCGGAGCUGAUCCGGUACGGCGAGCUGGCGCAGGCCUGCUACGACGCGUUCGACUACGACCUGUCCUCCCGGUACUGCGGCAGCUGCAAGUACCCUCGCCGCGCCUUCUUCGACCGGCUGGGCAUGCCGGAGGCCGCGCGCGGGUACGCCGUGACCCGGUACCUGUACGCGACGUCCAACUUCCGGUUCCCGAGCUUCUCCUUCUCCGACAAGCGGUCCCGCGCGGACGCCAAGGUGUGGAGCCAGCGCGCGACCUGGAUCGGGUACGUGGCGGUGUCGACCGACGAGGAGUCGGCGCGGCUGGGGCGGCGCGACGUGGUCAUCGCGUGGCGCGGCACCAUCACGCGGCUGGAGUGGGUGUCGGACCUGAUGGACUUCCUCCGGCCGGUGGCCGACGAGGGCAUCCCGUGCCCGGACCGCGAGGUGAAGGUGGAGUCCGGGUUCGUGGACCUGUACACGGACAAGGACCCCUCCUGCCGCUUCUGCAAGUACUCGGCCCGCGAGCAGGUGCUCCUGGAGGUGCGCAAGCUCGUCGGCCACUACACCGCGCUGGGCGAGGAGGUGAGCGUGUCCGUCACCGGCCACAGCCUCGGCAGCUCGCUCGCCGUGCUCAGCGCCUACGACAUCGCCGAGUCCGGCGCCAACCUGGUCUCCGGCGACGGCAGGAGGGCGGCGGUGUGCGUGUACUCGUUCUCGGGCCCCAGGGUGGGGAACGGGCGGUUCCGGGAGCGGUUCGAGGGGGAGCUCGGGGUGAAGGCGCUGCGGGUGGUGAACGUGCACGACAACGUGCCGCGGAUGCCGGGGCUGUUCCUGAACGAGGGCGUGCCGGAGAUGGUCCGGCGGGUGGCGGAGGGGCUGCGGAUGCCCUGGUGCUACAGCCACGUCGGCGUGGAGCUGGCCCUCGACCACAAGCGCUCGCCGUUCCUCAAGGACACGCUCGACCCCGGCUGCUCCCACAACCUCGAGGCGCACCUGCACCUGCUCGACGGGUACCAUGGUAGCGGGGAGCGGUUUGUGCUAGCGAGCGGGCGCGACCCGGCGCUGGUGAACAAGGCAUCCGACUUCCUCAAGGACCACCACUGCGUGCCUCCCUUCUGGCGCCAGGACGAGAACAAGGGCAUGGUCCGUGCCCCUGAUGGCCGUUGGAUCCAACCCGACCGCCGAGGCCAUCUAGACGAUGACCACCACCACGAUGGACACGGUGGGAACGACGACGACAAGCACCGCAAACACCAUGGUCACUUUCGCCUCUUCGGUUAGACAUAGAGACUAUUAAUGUGCGCAAAGGGGGAUGAGCAUCUGUAAUCUCGAAUGAGCUCGUUGUGGUUUACACCGUUCGUACGUCCCAAUGAUGAUGUGCGACAAGGGGUUGUUUGUUUUCUCGAGUGUGGUGUGGAGUGUUGAAGGUGCUCACGUGCAUCGAUGCC